AUGGCUGAUGAUAAAAAGAAACAAUUAGAAGAAUCAAAAAGAUUAGUAGAAUUAUUUAAAGCAAGUUCAUUAGCAUCAAAAAAACCAAAGGGACAUGAAUUUUGGGAUACUCAACCAGUUCCAAAGAUUGACGAUAAAAUUAUUGAAUCUGGUCCAAUUGAAAAUAAAACUUUAGAUGAUGUUAGAAAAGAUCCAUUAACUUUACCACCAGCUUUUGAAUGGAUUGAAUUAGAUUGUAAUAAACCAGAAGAAUUAAAAGAAAUUUAUACAUUACUUUAUGAAAAUUAUGUUGAAGAUGAUGAUAAUAUGUUUAGAUUUGAUUAUUCACCAGAGUUUUUAAAGUGGGCAUUACAACCACCAGGAUUUUUAAAGGAAUGGCAUAUUGGUGUUAGAGUUGUUGAAUCAAAGAAAUUGGUAGGAUUUAUUUCAGGUAUUCCAGCAACUAUUAGGGUAGAGGGUAAACCAAUUACAAUGGUAGAGAUCAACUUUUUAUGUGUUCACAAAAAGUUAAGAGAGAAACGUUUAGCACCAGUACUUAUCAAAGAGGUGACAAGAAGAGUUAAUCUUAGAAACAUUUGGCAAGCCGCCUAUACAGCUGGUGUAGUGUUACCAAAACCAGUUGCAAUUUGUAAAUAUUGGCAUAGAUCAAUUAAGCAACAGAAACUCGUUGAGGUUGGGUUCAGUGCGAUACCACCAAAGAUGACUAUGGCAUCCAUGGUGAAAUUGUAUCGUAUCAAUGAUGAAAUGAAACAUCCAUUACGUCCAUUGACCAAAGAGGACGUACCAUCAUUCAAGGUGUUAUUGGACGACUACUUGUCGAAAUAUAAAAUCGCACCAGAGUUCACCACUGAUGAAGACGUUUGGCAUUGGUUUGAGACUAGAAAGGACGUUAUCACUUGCUAUGUAAAGGUUGACGAGUCCACUAAAAAAGUCACUGAUGCUUUCUCAUUCUACAAUUUACCAUCAACCAUCAUUGGUAAUGCAAAACAUAAUACCCUCAAAGCAGCAUUCUCCUUCUAUAAUGUAGCCACAACUAUGUCAAUCACUGAUUUGGUUGGUGACGCACUUGUCACUGCAAAGAAAAUGGAUUAUGAUGUCUUCAAUUGUUUAGAUGUUUUCGAAAAUUCAACUUUCUUUAAAGAUUUGAAAUUUGCGGUUGGUGAUGGUGAUCUUCAAUAUUAUUUAUACAAUUAUUCAACUCCAACUAAAAAAUCAUCUGAAAUUGGUUUAGUUUUGUUAUAA